UGAGUCACUAAAACUUUUAUUCAGUGGCUAAUCAACCCCUCAAAUUAUCGUUUGUAGCAAACUACCAAUGAGAUCAAAUUGUGAAAUUGGACAGCGAGACAGGGAGGGUCACGCAAACCCAACACACUCGACAGUAGGCCCGAUUUGAGUUGAGACAGCCUAAAAGGGAAUUAAAGGAUGAGUUUGAGAAAUGGGUUGGACCCAUUUAAAAAUUUUGGGUCAACCCAAAUCGAUACACAGUAGACCCGAUUUUAGGAGGCAAAGAUUUUCCGUGAUUAAUGGCAUCCAGAGUCCAGACAGAGUGUGUUCUCCACACGUUCCUUAACCUACUUUUCAAUCCACUGAACAAGAUAUUUGCCGAGAGCGCGACGGAGAGAAUUGUGUCGAUGGCGUCGGCGGGGAGCACGAUCGGCGGUGGGUUAUGUUUUGGAAGUCCAUCAAUGGUGGGGCUGAAGCAAAGCCGCAGGAGUUCUGGUAGGCCUCGGCGCAUGGCGGUGGUGGUUAGAGCAGAGGGUCAAACCAUAAACCCUGAGAUCAGGAAGAGCGAGGAGAAGGUGGUGGACUCUGUCGUCAUCACGGAGCUCUCAAAGCCCCUUACUGCUUAUUGCAGGUUGGUUAUUGUUUAUUUCUGAUUACUUGUUUCCUUUGUUAAUGAAGGUCGCAAAUUUUGUAUGUUAUGGGGUUUGUGUUUAUGUGAAUUUAAGUUGUCCCAUUUCCGCCCACCGAAAGUUUCAGUCUUUGACUGCUUCCAUGGCCUUUUGUGCUAAGAAACAUUAUACCCAAAUUGAAGUGAGUGCAUUUCUCCAAUGGGGAGCAUAGCGGGAAGCUAUUUCUCCAAUGGGGUAUUUAAUGAGCAUAGGAGGAAGCUGUUUACUCUCUGAAAGUUAAAUUCAAGAGAGAAUUGACCACCAUGGAUAAGGAUAGAAGAACUUGUUAAAGAUGGUAUAGAGAUUAGACUUAGGAGAACUGACAGGGAAGAUAUAAGAUAUCUAAAGUUUAAAAAAACAAUUAUGAAUUAUGAAUUAUGAUUUACCAUGCCUUAAGCCUUAUGCAUGAAACUUAAAGAUGUUACUAUUUCCAUUUCAAUUAAUCUGAAAAUUGAAACAACUAGUAUAGUAUUAUCUGUAUAUUCUUUGGAGUUUGGUGUUUGGACAUGGUUCACUGCCUCCUGUGUUAAUUCAGUUUGAAUACUUGGACAACGUCACUGUGCAUUUGUGUUUGGUGGACUUUGCUUCCCUUCAGGGAACAGCGGAUGGUCAAUUUUUAUGUUGCUGAUUUUCAUUAGAUUAGGUUCUGAUAUACAAAGACUGGAAGAGGAUAGAGGAGUUUGCUGGCUUGAUUACAUUUAUAAAACCCUCUGGAGUGUUCUGUUACAGUCCUGCUUGAUUUGGAUAAAUGUAGUACAGAAUAAUUCAAGCCACUAGAAUCCUUUGACAAUAUUAAUCAAUCUCAUCUGCAGAU